AUAGCUCCUGGCUGGCUGAAGCUCCCUGAGCCAGGCAGGAGGCCAGAGUGAAGAGACUUGCUGAGGACAGAGCAUUGAAGGAUCUUCUUCCUUGCUGUCAUCAACACCUGGGGGAAGUUCUGGGAGAGGUUACUCACCUCUGAGUCCAAGGAGAGCAGAGGGCAACAGGCUAUGGACCAGGGGCAGGAGCCAGUGGCAGCGUUGGGUUGGAGGAGGUUUGGGUUGGGUGAAGGUCUGAGCAUGGAACAAGUCCUGCAUGGAACAAGUCCUGCAUGGUGCUUGGCUCUGCUGUGUGGACAUUACCUUGUGAAGAGCAGAGUUGUUUUCAAUGAGGUGCUUCUCCUCUGAGCUGUGCAACCUUCCCCUCUCUCCUCCCAUCCCAUGCUUUGCAGGUGGACAAGGAGCAGCAGCAGGUGACUGUGGAAGGAGGCAUUUUCCUCUCGGAUCUGAAUGUGGAGCUGAGCAAGCAUGGGCUGGCCCUGGCCAAGUGGUAGCACUCACCCUGCUGACAGCCUCGGGGGACAUUCUGGAGUGCUCUGAGUCUCUCAACGUGGACAUCUUCCAGGCUGCUCGGCUGCAUCUCGGCUGCCUGGGGGUGGUGCUCACUGUCACCUUCCAGUGUGUGCCUCACUUCUGCCUGCACGAGGUGGCCUUCCCCUCCACCCUCACUGAGGUCCUUGAUCACCUUGAUGACCACCUGAAGAGAUCCCAAUACUUCCGAUUCCUCUGGUUCCCUCACAGCGAGAACGUCAGCAUCAUCUACCAGGAUCCCACCAGCAAGCCUCCCUCUUCCUCCACCAGCUGGUUGUGGGACUAUGCUGUUGGCUAUUAUUUGCUGGAGUUUCUGCUCUGGGUCAGCACCUUUGUGCCCAGCUUGGUGUGCUGGAUCAACCGCUGCUUCUUCUGGCUGCUCUUCAGCUCCCGGGUGGAGAACAUUGCCAGCAGCUACAAGAUCUUCAGCUACGAGUGUCGCUUCAAGCAGCACGUCCAGGACUGGGCCAUCCCCAUUGAGAAGACGAAGGAAGCUCUGCUGGAGCUGAAGGCUGCCCUGGAGAACAACCCCAAGAUGGUGGCUCACUACCCCGUGGAGGUGCGCUUCGCUCGAGGGGAUGAGGUCUGGAUGAGUCCCUGCUUCCAGCGAGACAGCUGCUACAUGAACAUCAUCAUGUACAGGCCCUAUGGGAAGAAUGUCCCUCACCUCAACUACUGGCUGACCUAUGAGGGCAUCAUGAAGAAGCAUGGUGGAAGACCACACUGGGCAAAGGCCCACAGCUGCACCCAGAAGGACUUUGAGAGGAUGUAUCCAGGCUUCCCCAAAUUCUGCUCCAUCCGGGAGAAGCUGGACCCCACGGGAAUGUUCCUGAAUGCCUACCUGGAAAAGGUGUUUUACUGAUGGGGAAAACUGC